AUGCGUAACGCAAAAAAGGGGACUAAGACAUCGCCGCGUAUUUGUCUCGUUUUCAGCCUCCCGUCCACACCAUCAACAAGCGGAACUUCUCGAUAAACGAGAUUCCUUUCCGGGAAGUGAAAGCCACUAACAAAGAUGUCAGAGGAGAGAUGUCCCGAUUGCUGCGGCUGGUGCAUGUGUCUGGUCGUCCUAGCCGUGGGGGUGUGUGGGUGGACGUUCGGCAUAGGGUGCCUGCAGGACGACCACAGGGCCACCCGGGGGUACUGUUCAGGAGUUGUCAGCAGAGGCGCAGCCAUAACUCUGAUCAUUUUCGGAACCAUCGCCAUGGCCCUCAUUUUGUGCUGUUGCUGUAUCGGCUGCUGCACGAAAGAUGGCGCUCUAGACACCCGAGACCCCAUCCGGGACCCUCCUCCUUACCAAGAAAGCAACCUUGCUUUCUGGACAGAACCAUCUCGUAUACUUAUAAGGGACAUUAGAAACGUUCGGCAAGUAGCUGUUGUGAGGCUUGGAUACUCGGAAAUUUGAUUUCCACAGUUAAACAUGCUCAAGAACUGGUAAUUCUUUAAAAAAUUGAUGGGAGAGUAUGCAUCUUAAUGAUGCCAAUUUUGUGUUUUGAGCACAUGCAAUACGUUGACAAAAUAUUUUGCUUUGUCAGAAAAAUAAUGUCUGUGAUUUGCAGUUUUUUUUACAUUAUUUUGCAACAAUUGACGUCGCUUUGAUGAGUGCCAGUGAACUUUUUUAUGUUGAUACGACGAUCAAAUUGAACUUCAUGUAUUCGAUUACUGCAUUUCAAUUUUAAUUCCAACAUAAAGCUUAAUUUGGGCUUCGGAAUGUAAAUGCACUGUACAUUUUGAUAAAAACUAUUGGACACGACUGGAAAAACGGGAGACUGAAAGAAAUGUUUUUGUGAGAAAGAGAACAUUUAGAAAUCAAUGUCGAAAUCACUGACAGUUUA